AGGGCCUAGGCCAGGAGGUAAUUUGGCCGGCCGCCUGCUGCCAUCCCAACUAGCGCGGGUCCUUGGCAAUGGGUAUCUUUGGUUAGCAGAAUUUAAGAGGCGGUCAGUUGCGUCCAAGUCUAAUGAUUGUCCUGCCCUUUCCUUCAUAUUGUUCUCCAUCGUCUUUUGUUCCCAUCAUCGAGUCAACUGACUCUGGGAUCUCGCCAGCCCAGAUAGAGGGCGCCCCAUUCGGUAGCGACGGCAAUGGAACAGCUUCCUCCUUGGAGAUGAUGAUUGCGAUUAUCGGCUCAAACAAGGAAAACUGCCCCCCCACCGCGUUUAGCCUCGCACUGUGUAGGGAUUAUCUUAUCAGGGUAAAAAUGGCGGGACAAGGGACCAGUUUGUGCCCGUGCCUUGCAGGACGUCAUAGGCCCUCUAUGGCCCUCUCUCCCGGUACCAAGGUACUAUACAUUCUUGCCUGGAUUUUUCGGCUCAAAAUCCGGUAUCAAGUAGAUCAUAAAACCUUCGACAAACGACUGGAUGAUGCCGUCGUUACUUGCCUCGUAAGCCCUCGGCCCCGACCCGCCGCCGUCCGUCCUCAGAGCAGUAUUCAGCUGCACAAGCUUCAAUCCUGGCUCCGGCUUCGACACCACAAUCUGCCUCCAGGCCUCGUACUCGUCGUCCACGACGUUAAGCGGCUCGUAGAGCUCCCGGCAGGACUCGACGUCAGCGAUGCACCGCCACACAUGGGUGCGGCAUAGCAUCCGGCCGAGCGAGGACUUCCCGUGGCAGGUGAUCUUGGAGCGGUCUUGGCGGCCGGGUCGUGUUCGACUAUCAUGACGCCACCACCGUCAAUCAGUAGGUGUUUGAGGAUGGCGAAACUUACCUGGUUCUGAA